AGCCAAGAACAAGCGUAUUUUGAGUUGGGAGUUAUGUGGGCGGCAAAGAGGACGGGAGUCUUCCCCCAGGGCCGCGGGCCUCGCCAAGGACCAUCCUCGCAGCGCCACACCACUUUUUAAUUAAGAAAAAAAAAAAAAAAAAGUGAAAAAGAUGCUCUAUAAAAACGUCUUACUAAGAAGGGCACAUACUCGUAUAUCAAAAGAACACCUUCCCAUUACCUUGAGUGUGUCUCUUGGAGGAGGAGAGUGGCGGGAGCAGCACACACAUUUCCAAACGGCCAGCCACAGGGUAUUCUCACGGCGAAAGGGCGACAACAAGACUGUAUACCAAACAGCGACAAAAAAUACAAGCCAAACGCGUCCCGACAGUUCAUGUUUGUAUACUCUGCUCGGCUCAUCCCUUCCUCCCACUCCUCCCCAUCUCUGUCCCCCCGGCGUGGGAGGCCUCAGUGCGCCUGCGAGGAACUCCGGGCUGGGGCUGCAGCGCCACACGCAGCAGUCUGCCGCCCACCCUCCUCCGGCUAGCUUGUCUGGUGAAGUGUACUAAACGGAUGCAGUUACUGUCGUCCUUUACCGCUCCAUUAAUUUCUGCGUGCAUUUAUGGCGUGGUUUUGAUAUAAUAUAAGAAACAGCGUAUAUGGCUGAUUACGUGUGAAAGAUAAUGUAUUCACAUACUUACCGUGGGCAAGUGGAGGUUUCUGUAGUGCACUGAUCGUCACGUAAAAAAAAAAGAAAAAAAAAUAAAAAAUCUAAAACUUUGAAUGUUUACCAUCAGGAAAUACUGAAAUUUUCCUUCGUACUGUAAACGAUCUUCUCACGGCCCUUGAAAGUGUAUGAAGGGAACAGUGAUCAUGUACACACAGACGGUCCCUGUCAUUACUUAUUGGUUGGCCGUUGAUGUGUGAGAAGCUCCGUGUCUUCAACUCGAUCCCAGGACGCUGAGAGACAGUGAAGAUGGGAGACUCGUACAGUGUGAGGCACGAAGCAGCGCUCCUACUGGCGCUGCUGACAUUCACGGUGCUCCCGGUCAUCAGCUUCGCCUACAUUCUUUCAGAUGUCACGGAAAACCCGCAACGCAUGUGGGACCCAGAGAAGGGCAUGGAGUCCAUCCUUGGGCGGGGUGUGUCGCCUUUCGGACUGGAGAAUGUGACCGUCACCAAUCAGACUGCUCAGCUGGGAACCAACGCAUUCCUGCACUGCCACGUCCGUAACAUGGCCGACAAACAGAUUCCCUUUGUCUACCACCAGGUGUCGUGGAUCAGGCGACGCGACUACCACAUCCUCACCUCAGGCCUACACACCUACAGUAGGGACGAGCGCUUCAGUGUUGUGCGGGCCGAGGACGCUGACGACUGGGCGCUCCAAAUCAGGUUCCUGCAGAAGCGAGACGAAGGAGCCUAUGAGUGCCAGGUGUCCACCAAGACGGGUCGCUACGGCUACCUAGUGAACCUGAAGGUAGUGGUUCCCCGGGCUGCUAUCACGGGGCCAGCUGACCGCCACGUGCAGUCAGGCUCCACCAUCUCGCUCGUGUGCACCAUCCAGGGGGGCCUGACUCCACCACAGUUCAUCUUUUGGUUCCACAACAACAAAAUGAUCAACUACGACCAGUCCCGCGGCGGCAUCACGGUCACCAUGGACCAGACAGACCUCACCACCUCCAGGCUCACCAUCAAGGAAGCCGGCCUCAAAGACUCCGGCAACUACAGCUGCAGCGCCAACAACAUUAUACCGUCCUACGUCAACGUGUUCGUCUCUGAAGGGGACAAGACCGCAGCUAUUCAGCGCCUUGGCUCGGGCAGCUCCAGUCUGUCGCAGUCGUGCAGUGGCACACAUCUCCCUCUCUUCGUGUUCCUGUACUUAGUGUUAUCAGCCGUGACUCUCUCCAUGGUGACGUGAUCAACUCCUGACCAGUAAAUAUAGUGUAACAAACACUGUGCGUCGGCAACUUCAGCUCUACUCAUGGGCGGUCCAAUAUAUGUAUAUAUGUAUGUAGAAUAUAUAUAUAUAUAUAUAUAUAUAUAUAUAUAUAUAUAUAUAUAUAUAUAUAUAUAUAUAUAUAUAUAUAUAUAUAUAUAUAUAUAUAUAUAUAUAUAUAUAUAUAUAUAUAUAUACACACAAUGAUUUUCCAGAAUGUAUAAUGUAUGUCCUUGACGUGAAUGCUGAUGCACGGAAUCAUCGUUGAAAUGUUGCAACACAUUUUCACCGUUACAUCAUGUUGAAUAGAUACAUUAGGUUUGACUGUAACUAAUCUAUACCAGUGGAAAAAUGUGUAUAAACCCUUCAGCCUGAAAGCUGAUAGAUCUGAUUUUACCGGGGAAAAUCUAUACGAAAAUGACAUAGAGAGCAUAUGGUAUGAGUUGACUUGAAUGCCGGUGCCUCCCUAGGCGAGAGAAACCCCUUGCUCAUAUUUCACUGUCUUAAUGGUAAAUGUUGACUGUCUACCACAAAAACUAGUAUCUUUACGUGAUUACUGCACGCAGCUGUAUCUGAAUGAGUGUUU